AUGGAUUCUGUGGAAAUUGACCCAUGGAAACAUGAUCGCUUCUGCUCUUCCGCAGGAUUUAGCAGUCAUCCUAGUGAAUUUACUCCCAACUACAUGGAUGAUCAGAUGGUUGUUUCCGAGUUGGAUUGUGGCCUGAACCGACCAUAUACAUCUUAUAAUAACAACAUGAAACAUUUGAAUCCGAAGCGCGCUUUUGGUGGUCAGGGUGUAGAUAAAUAUGAGCAUUUGAUGGAGAGUGAAGGAACGGAAGAAGAUGAAGAAAUGCGAUCGUUGUUUUGCAGUCAUCCGUUAUUCCCACUGCUUUCGUGCCUUUUCGAGAAGUGUGAACUGGCCACUUGUACGCCUCGAGAGCAGUCCAAUCGAGACACAGGCGGGGGCAGUGCCGGUUCCACGGCUAGCGGCGGAGGAGCAUCGUCAUCGAACGACGUCUGCUCAUCCGCUUCGUUCAAGGACGAUUUGGCGGACUUUACUAAAAUGGUUAGAAAUUUUCUCAGAUAA